ACGUCGGUACUAAGAAAAUGCGUUUUCGUUUAACUGAUUAAAAUAUAAGUAAUACAUAAAUUGUGCAUUUAAAUUACUUAUAAAUCACUCAUACUGCGGAAUUUUGCUAGUUAUCGGGGGUUAAUACUUUUAGCGUGUCUUUUUGACGUCAUUAGUAGGCGACCCCUGCACUUCUUGUAGGCAGAAGCCAGAAGCGACAGAGGGAGUGGUGUGUACAGGUUUUAUCACUACUUCAGAAUGGAUUCCAUGUCCAGUCAGAUUGCUGUAGGUGUCACGGCAGGACUGGGCUGUGGACUGUGCCUAGGAUGGCUCCUUCGAGGUCGCUUUGCUAAAUCUUAUAAAAAAGGUGUCGUCCCACUCGGGAAUGGGGCAGGAGGUGAGACCAGCAUGAUGGGUGAAAGUGGGGAGUUCAAGAUGGUACUGGUGGUGCGGAAUGACUUGAAGAUGGGGAAAGGGAAAGUUGCAGCUCAGUGUUCCCAUGCUGCUGUGUCCGCCUACAAGCAAGUCCAGCGGCGAAACCCUGAACUCCUGAAGCAGUGGGAGUACUGUGGUCAGCCUAAGGUUGUGGUCAAGGCUCCAGAUGAGGACAGUCUGCAUGAGCUCCUGAAUCAUGCUAAAGAGCUUGGGCUGGUAGUCAGUUUGAUCCAGGAUGCUGGAAGAACUCAGAUUGCACCUGGCUCACGUACAGUCUUGGGUAUAGGCCCUGGUCCUGCUGAUCUGGUGGACACAGUCACUAGAUCCUUAAAACUUUAUUGAUAUACUGCCAUUAUAUAUCUCUUUAGACCAAUAGCUAGCAUACAGUAUUUUCCUUUCUUGACUGGCUAUAUUAAUGCAACCAGACCAGUUGGAAAAACAAUUUAAUUUUCAGCCUGCAUUUGUUUCUGCGCAACAAAAUGUAAGUGAAUGGCAAAUUUUCUGCAGUGUAUUCACUAAGUUUAAACUAAAAUCAUUAUGCUGAGAUACUGCUCAAGAGAGAAUCCUGUAAUUGUCACUUUACUUAUAUCCAUGUGUCACUUAGAUGGUAUAGUGUAAGGGUUAUGUUUUGUAUUUUUUGACCCUGCUAAUCCAGUAAUACUGUUAUGUAGUAACUCUAAUCCAUUUAAGAGUUUGCAUUUUUAAUGCUUAAGUGACUAAAUUGUAUUAAGUUGGCCAGAGGCAUAUACUGUAUUUUUGCUUUGAGAUGAAAUUCUAAUUAUUGUGAAAUCACUAGCAUUGUUCAUCUCCUUUACACUUUUAGCUUUGUGUGUUAAAAAAAGAAACAUGCUUAAGGUUUUCAGGUAAAUAUUUUAAUCACAACUUGAAUACAGUUUUUAAUCCACAGCAAUUCUUUAAAAGUAACCACUGUUCAGUUUUUCUAUAAACCACAUAGAGAAGGUAGUACCUAAGACACCAAUAAGCAAGUAGGCUGCUGGCAAAAACAGCUCAACAACCAUCAGUUGACAUAUUGAUCCACUUUGUUUUAACCAUUUCAUAGACCAGCUUUCUCAAGGUUGAGUAGAUGACUGUUUAUAAUGCCAUCAAGUGGCCACCCUGGUACUGAACUAAAUUGGUCAUCUUAGGCUCUGAAGUUAAAGAGACUUCAGUUGUACACCAUUUCUGUAAGUCUAGGUAUUUGCUUGUUUCACCAUAUAUAGCCCUAUGCAGGCUGUUUAUUCACAAUGGGCAUAUGCUAAGUCUAUAUCUGUAGGGAUUGUAAAUGGGGGGGAAAUAUGGAGCAAAUUUGAAAUCUUCACCCUUUGUGUGACCUAACAAGAUAUAUGGCACAUAAAUGUUACACUGGACUCAUCAUGACAAAGACCUUUAUUGUAUGUAGAUGGGGAAAACUGCUGUGAUAUUUAAAUUCUGAAUAUAAAUGCAGAUAAAACCUUUGUCUAAAAUUUUAAGAUGUGAUUUGUGAUAGUUUUAAUACAUACACAAUUUAAUAAAGACACCAAGUUACCAUA